AUGAGAUUGGACGUUGCAUGGUGUGGUGGUAGUGCAGCAGUCUUCAACAGCCGCAGCGUCGCGCACGUCAUGUCUAAAGCGCGUUGGCCAUCAUCUGCCUUGGCACUAUCGACCGCCACAGCCGCACUCAUGUGGCUGUAUAUCACCACCACCAAGGGUACAACCAAUCUCUCUCCAUCAAGCCCCGACCAGUCUCGUCGACUCAACCACACGCAAGAGUGUCCGGCAGUGUCGGCCCGUGUCACGUCCGAUUGGCACGCCGCCUCCCGCAUCUCUCUGACACUGUCCCAUCCAGUCGAGCAUGCCGGGAUUGAGCUGCAUACGACUAACUGGGGAAAAGUUUCGUCAGGGUACAAAUUGCACGUUGAAUCCAUGUCACUAGACUCGACGUCUUUCUUUGCCAAGACGUUGGCGCCAGCAACGACCUACGAUUUGGUCGUCGACAAGCGGCAAUGGCACGUUCCAGUGACCGUAUCUUCCAUUCGUGUACACCUGCGGUCCCAAUCGUGCGACUAUAACCUCAUGAAUCCCCCAUCAUCAUCGUCGGUUCGAGUGCUUGCUGAUGUCGUAGCUGACAACUCCACGGCAAACAAUUCAUUGACGCUGUUGCCUUGCUCAUGGACUCAAGCCAGACCCAUGUCCAUCGGAUUCUACCACAUGUGUGCGAUCAACGCCCAAAAUGCAAUGACGUGUUGGGGCCUCAACAACUUUGGACAAAGCACCGUGCCAUCUGCGAUGUCGUUUGUACAAGUGUCUGCGUAUGACUACCAUACUUGCGCCCUCAACUCUACGGGUUUCCCCCAGUGCUGGGGGGCCAACUACACAGCCCGGGCAAACUCCCCCCUCAGUGUCGUGUCGACUCCGGCUGAGCCCAUGGCCUCAAUCUCAGCAGGGGCGCUUCACGCAUGUGGCGUCACACUGACUGGCGCGUUGCGCUGUUGGGGGGCCAACGACUUCAACCAGUCCAGCCCCCCCGCUGGACAGUACCUGUCCGUGUCUACGGGAUUUCGCCACGCGUGUGCUGUUUCGUUUCCAGACCAGCGGUUGGCAUGCUGGGGCAACUGCGACAACGGAGAAUGCGACCCCCCCAACACGACGAUCAAGUACGUGCAAGUGUCUGCAGGGGACAGGUACACGUGCGCGGUGUCUGUGGCCAACAACGCCAUGUGUUGGGGACGCGACCUGCCCACGAUGAACUUCACUGCCGUGCCGCCAGGUCAGUAUUCCUUUGUCGGCACCUCCAGAGCCGGGGCCUUUUCGUGUGGCUUGCUCUUGAACGGCUCGGCAAUAUGUUGGGGUGAUCGCAUCGCCUACAUGGGACUCCCCGUCAAUGUCAACUUCACCAGACUCGCGCUUGGCACGCGUCAAGUUUGUGGUGUCACCGCCAUCAACCCAGCGACCAACACCGGCGGAACGUUGUCGUGCUAUGGCGCCUUGUCCUCGAUGGUUCCGACGCCUGGCUUUCGCCCCAAAUCUGUCGGGUACUGCAUUCGCAACACGUCUUCUGUAUCGUCCGAUGAAGUCAUGGAAUCCACCGACUUGGCACCUUUCAACACUACGUAUUCCAAUUCAUCUUCGGUCAGAGACGACAUUAUUACGUUUCCACCUCCGCAGGACAACGACGGAUCUGCCAGUCUCAACCUGACAUCGUACCAGUUUCGAAAAGUGGCGUCUGCCGGCAACCAAUACACAUGUGGGGUCACGGCGUCGGGCCAAGCGGUGUGUUGGGGCGCGACCAACCUCGGAGGGCCCGCGUCUGCGAUCACCAACGCAGUGGACAUCACCGCCUCGUUGGUGUACGACUUGAUGUGCGCGCUGCGGGUGACGGGGUCGGUCACAUGCUCGUCGCUUGCGAUUGACACCACGGGGAACUUUAUCAGCGGUGCGUUUGCCGCCCCUCGAGAUGCGUUCGUCAUGGUGUCGUCCAAAGGCAUGCAUGCGUGCAGCUUGAAAACCACGGGGCGCAUCAAAUGCUGGGGGUUCAACGACGACCGCCAGCUGAACGUGCCCGACUUGACGUACCUGCUCGUGGCCGCGGGGGGCUUUCACACGUGCGCUAUUACGAGCAAGUACGAAACGCUGUGCUGGGGCCGAAACACGCAAGGGCAGGUGUCGGGGGUGCCCGUCGCCACCAAGCACCGGUUUGUCUCGUGCGGAUACCAGUUUUGCUGCGCCAUUCGGGUCAACGACGUGGUGGAUUGUUGGGGCAGCGACGAGUUUGGGGAGGCUACUCCGCCUCCAAACAUGCCCGUGCUUCAACUUGCCGCCGGGUGGGGCCACACCUGCGCGGUGACCAAAUCGUGGGCGUUGCGGUGCUGGGGCGACAACUCCUUGGGGCAAGCGUCGCCCCCAGCUGGCUUGUUCUACCAGGUGACCACAGGCACCACCCAUUCCUGCGCGACGGCCAUCAAUGGCACGGUGGUGUGCUGGGGAGACGUCGUGCGAAACCAACUCACGCCCAAUACUGCCAUGCGUCAAGCGUACUCGACCCUCUCGACCGACCAAAUGGUCGAAGCCGUCCAACGCAACGUCUCACGCACACGGAUGAAGUGCUCCAACUUGUCGUGGGGGAUUGCAUACAGCUCCAACUUGUGUGCCAACUCAAAUACGUUCUCGGGAUGUGUGCCCCCUAGCACGUAUGCCGCCGCGACCGCGCGAUGCACUGGUCUCGGUGGACGCCUUCCGACAGUUUCCGAGUCGCAAGCUGGGUGGCUCAAAGCGGCGCUGUGCGACUUUUCAGACGGAUGGACGUGGACGGCCACAUCGUGCCUCUUGGUGUCCGGACAGUCCGGUUUCAUUAUCGUGUCCGAUUCGACCCAGCAACGGUCGUGCGUCCCCGACUCGACGUCCACGGCCUUUCCCAUCUGUAUCAGCGAGAAAGAGUUCACACCGUGCAGUCUCGGGAGUCGGUGCUCACAUGUAUGCGUGGCACAGACGGAUUCCCAGUACGCGUGCACUUGUGACGCCGGAUUUACCCUCGGCAGCGACGGCAUGUCGUGCUUUCCCACGAUUCUCUUGCGGUCGGCGUCCACGUGCAAACAACUCAACCGACAGAUGCUGCCAGCCACUCAAAUGUGCGUCCUCAAUACUGGAUGCACCAAGAAGAUGACGUACGCGGACGCUCGAACGUACUGCCGGUCCCGCGGCGCGCGACUGCCGCUGCGACAAGAAGUGCUGGGACGGACCGACUUGACCUUAGCCUGCUCUCAUGAGGUGGCAUUUUGGACCAACACGGCAUGCGCCAACGGUCUCAGCCCGGGGUUUAUCGCCACAACGUCCGCCUUGGAGUCGUGCCAAGCGUCCGCGGACCUGGCUACUGUUGUGUGUGUGGCUGAUCCAGACAUUGACGAGUGCGAGCUGGGCAUCAACACAUGCAGUGACAAGUGCUGGAACACGGAAGGUUCGUACACGUGCACUUGCGACGAUGCCAAGGCGUUGGUGGCCACCACAACUGGGGGUAUCACCUGCCAGCUACCUUCGUCUGGAGGCGACUCGCUGGAGUCUGCUCAUGGAGACACGGUGAGCGUACCCUUGGUUCCAUCGAGCAGCCAAACCACAUCAGCGAAAUCAUGCCGGCAACUGCAGUGGACGGACUUGUUGACCGACCGCGCCAUCUGCUCGAGCUCACGUGCGACCCCCAACAACCCCACAUGCCCCGGUGCUGUCAACUACACCAUCGCUAUACAGUACUGUGCCCGUCGCGGCGCCCGGCUCCCGCUGUUGAACGAGUUGCGAAGUGGCCUGGAUGUGCUAGUGCGAUCAAACGAAUGUGGCUACGGUCAAAAGCUCGUGUGGACAUCCACAGCAUGUUCCAGAGACCAGCAGCCCAUGAUCGGAGUCGCGGCAGCUGGAGGGGGCCCCCAGCUUCUGGACAAAGUGGUCUGCUUGACGGCGACCACCCAGACCGCGUUCCCGAUUUGUGUGGCCGACAAACUCGUGGCGGGGUCGUGUGCUGCCGUGGGCAACAACUUGUGCUCCGACGAUUGUAUCGACUUGGCCGACGGGUUUCGCUGUGAGUGUGGCCCGUCGCAGCGCCUCGAGGCCGACGGGGUGACGUGCACAAACCUACCCCCCGUGCCGUCGCCUGUGGCGUGCGAUGGCCUCCCUCAACCUUGGACCCCCCCCGACUUGAACAACAACUUGACCGAUCCGUGCGCUAGAUCGUUUGCUUCGACCACCAAUGCUUGUUCAGGCCGCGUCAACUUCUCUCAGGCGCUGGCGUGGUGCGCAUCCCUGGGGGGUCGACUCCCCACUGCCGCUGAAGUGGCAAACGACAUUGUCUUGGGCUCCGGUUGCAAGUACGACUACAGCGAAGUGUGGACGUCGUCGCCGUGUUUCAACUCGACGGGGCAAUCUCAGGGGGUCGUCACAUCGGGCGGGUCCAACGUCGGAAUGUCGUACAUUCCACCCACAUGCUCCAACACAUCUAUCCCGACUGCUUUUGCUCGAUGCGUCCGAGAUCGAGGAGCUACCACAUCCCAGCGUUGUAGCCAAGACGCAUGCUCGCACUUGUGUUUCAAUCAAGGGUAUGGCUACGCUUGUGCGUGCAACCAAGGGUUCCGGCUGCAACCUGACGGCAAGUCGUGUCUUCCCAUACUUCCAGACGUGCCAACCACGCUCUCUACCGCCACCUGCGCCAAACUCAACUGGAACACGAUCGCGGGGAACUCUACAUGCGCGCGCGUCGAAGGCAGCUGCACCUCCAAAGCGCGGGUCACUGCGACGGCGGCCAUUAUGACAUGCGUGCAAUUGGGCGCGCGGCUGCCCACUUUGUUUGAAGUGAUGCAAGGCGCGACGCUGGCCUCCACUUGCGGCGACACACGGGUAUGGACGUCGACCAGAUGCGCCUACGUCGCGGACGGACUGCCGACAUCCUCGCUCAGCAUGACGGAUGGCUGGCUCACAAUAACCAGCAGUCGCAAGCAACCCGUGUGUGUCUCCCCCAACGCUACAUUCACGCCUUCCUGCAUCGCCGACACAGUUCCCGUCCCCAUUUGCUCGGGAAAGUGCUCGCGAGAUCAGCAGUGCCUUGUGGUCACAGGAACCAACAUCACCAGCUGUGUGUGCAGUCCAGGCUUCAACGUUGACAGCAGCGGAGUGUGCCAGACAUCCACGCCCACCUUGUCGACGUCCACAUGCUCCGACCUGAGCUGGAAUGUGGACUCAAAGUCUGGGUUAUGUGCUACCCAACGCUUGGGCGUUGUGGCCCCUGCCUGGAUUGCCUCGUACCUGCAAUUGAUGGCCAAGUCUGUUCAAAAUGGCCUUCGGCUCUGCCUCCCCCCCACGACGUGGCCUGUCUCAUUAGCGCAAUGCAAAGCCCAAGGCAGCCGCCUCCCCACACUAUUUGAAAUCCGCGCGGGCCUUUGGGCUGCCUACUCGUGUCCGUCAUUUGUGGGCCAGCGCGUGUGGACGUCCACAAGUUGCCGCAAUUCGACCACGGGGUCAGUCGGCUACAUCGCCACAGGUUUAUCUUCGUGGUCGGGGGCGAACAAGGAACUUUGCCUUGUCCCAUCCUCGUCGUCCCCCUUUGUGCAAUGCGCCGCUGACAGCACCCUCGACCCAUGUACUGCGGGGACGCACACGUGUGCCCACAUCUGUGUGAGCCAGGGGGGCGGGUCGUUUGCAUGCGCAUGCAACGACGGGUACCGCCUCGGCGAAACUGGCAGCUGCUCCCCCGUCGUCACCGCCCGGACCCCUGCAACGUGUGCUGGACUGCAGUGGACUCGCCGCGCCGGCUCGGCAAUCUGCACGAGCGGCUUGGUCACCCGAGUGUUAUACGACGGCAACGGCAGUGUGGUGUCGAAUGCGUCGAUGCCAUACGUCCGCGACUCGUGGACGUGCUCUGGGCCUGCCACGUACGACGCUGCUGUGAAAUUGUGUGACAAUCUGCGGGCGAGGCUACCCACGAUGGCCGAGUUGGUCAACAACUACUUGGCGAACGCUGGAUGUGCCGACAAUGUCGACGUGUGGACGCAGACGUCGUGCCGCCCCGCCGCUGGCCCGGACGACGCCCCCAAUGGUCCCGUGUUCCGCAUCAAAGCAGCGGGUGCCCCGUCGUUGUUGAACUCGUUUCCGAGAUCUUGCGUGGCUACUACUGGCACCGACAGCAGCAGCAACGUCCCUGCAGUCGCCCAUGUUCGAUGUGUCGCCAAUGUUUAAUUGAUUAAUCAUGGUUCUUGUAUCAGUCAAACCUGGUCGGCC